AUGGCUUGUGACAAAACCGUUUAUCUCGUCGACAAGUUAACCGCUGAUAACCGGGUUUACCACAAAGCUUGUUUCCGUUGUCACCAUUGCAAAGGAACUCUCAAGCUUAGCAAUUACAACUCCUUUGAAGGAGUUCUCUAUUGCAGACCACAUUUCGAUCAAAACUUCAAGAGAACUGGAAGUCUUGAGAAAAGCUUCGAAGGGACACCAAAGAUCGGAAAACCAGAUAGACCUUUGGAGGGAGAGAGACCUGCUGGGACCAAAGUGUCGAACAUGUUUGGUGGGACAAGAGAAAAAUGCCAUGGCUGCGACAAAACCGUGUAUCCGAUUGAGAAGGUGUCGGUGAAUGGGACAUUGUACCACAAGAGCUGCUUCAAGUGUACACAUGGAGGCUGCACGAUAAGCCCUUCGAAUUACAUAGCUCAUGAAGGGAAGCUUUAUUGUAAGCAUCAUCAUAUUCAGCUGAUCAAGGAGAAAGGAAACUUGAGCCAGCUCGAAGGAGGAGAUAAGGACAAAGUCGUUGCUGCUUAA